AUGGUCCUUGUGUUUACCGUCGCUUCGCUGCUGCGUGUGCUGCUGUUUUUCGCUCCAUCGCUGCCUAGCAACUUGCUGCUGCUGUGCAGCAGCAGCAGCAGCAGCAGCAGCAGCUUGGAGGAAGGCAUUGCAAGGGAAGCCGCGGGUCUGUCUCCUUUUGCUGCUGGGGUGUAUAGCCACCUUCCGUCUUUUUUUUCGCUAUUGAAGGCAAUCACAGGCUGCAGCAGCAGCAGCAGCAACAGCAGCAGCAGCUGCAGAGGCACAUCAUUUCUUCUGCUGCUGCUUGUAGAUCUGGCUACUGCUGCUUCUCUUGCUGCAGCAGCAGCUUCGAUUCAGCAGCCAGAUGAGCAGCAGCAGCAGGAGCAGCUACCGCUAAAACAGCAGGAGCAACAGCAGCUGCACAAGCAGCAGCAGCAAAACCAGCAGCAGCUGCAGCAGAAGCAGCAGCAGCAGCAGCAGCAGUACCGUAGAGAAUCUGCCAAGGCAGCAGCAGCAAGUGCUGCUGCUGCUGUUGGGCGAGGUUGCGUCUUGCUGCUAGGCGCUGCAGCAGCUGCAGCUCUUCUCCUUUGUGCUGUUGCUGCUGAAGCAAACUGGGAUUGGUGGCGGCUGCAGCCUCCAGAGCCUGGCUUAGGCGUCUCCUUUUAUCUCUUAUCGCUGGUGUUUGAGCGUUAUCGCUCUAUCUUCGUCUUUGCCUUCCAGGCAUUAGGGUUUGUUCUGAUGGUCCCUGUGGCUGUCUGCUUCGCGGGCGACCCUCUUGCGCAUCUCCAAGCUGCUGUGGCGCUGGCGCUGAUCUUCAAACAGAGCCCAACCCUCGCAGACUUCGCCUUCCUCCAUGUUUUGCUGGCAUUUAAUUUGAGAGACAUCUACCAGCGUGUCGCCUACACGAAGCUUGUAGGCUUGUCGCUGCUGGUGGCUCCUCUGGUGUCUGUGGGGCUUUCGCUGUGGAUGGCGCGGGGAUCGACUGUCCCGAACGUUGCCUACAGCAUGCAGUCUCUUCAUCACGUACUUACUUGUUUACUGGUGGCGGAGACACUUCGGGCGUCUGCGCAUAAACGGCAGCGCUACGAGCAGCAGCAGCUGCUGCAGCAGCAACAGCAGCUGCUGCAGCAGCAACAGCAGCAGCUGCAGCAGGAGACUGCUCCAAAUUAA